CAGCAACCUGCCCCAGAUGCACAUGGUGCGGCUUGAGGUUCAUGGAGUCUCAUCCCUGCUGCUCCUCCCCGCCUUGUCCCCAACCCACUCAUCCCUGGGGCCUUGACUGCCCGGGCCCAGAGUUGUGCGCCUGACAUGCAGUGAAACCCGACAGCUUUGAGUGCGAGGUACUGACAAAGUCCAGCCAGGUGGCGUUGGUCGUUUACCUAUCGUCGCUGAGCCUCCUGGCCUGUAGAAUGGGUGUGAUGUUGCAUUUUUAGCAGGGUGUCGAUAACAGAGUGAGUCCUGCAUGCUCAGCGCAGCUUCCCCGUGCCAGGCCUGGCCGCCAAGCCUGGGACCUGUCCUGAGCCCAGGGCAGACCACACGUUGGUCACACAUUGCCCACCAGGAUGGGUGCUAUAAAGAGCCGUGAAGGAGCGAGAAGCAGCCCUGGGCUGUGACCAAGUGCGUGCGCAUGUACCAGGGACUGACCCACGAUAGAGAUGGUCUGGUGGAAGAAGCCGGUGGCUCUCCCCUGGCCCUCGGGAUGGAAGCAAUCCGGAAAAUCUGGACGGGGGACGAGGCCUGUGUGCUUUCAGGCGCCACCUGGACUCCCCCCCAUCUGGGUUGGGAGGCGGGGGUGGGGGAGGAGGCGGAGGUGGGGGGGAAGUGCUGCGACUGCGGACUGCGCAAGCGCGCCUCCUUGGCCACGCUUUCCGCCGACCAGUGCCCGCAGCAGCCUGCGGAGCCGCCGAGGCAGCGCAAUGGUUGCGGCGCUGUUUGGCUGCUGGUUCCGCGUGGGCGGGGCCCGCUCUGGGGUGUCCGGCCCGGUCAUCCCGGUCGGUCGGGUUUUGGGAACUCAGCACCUUCCAAGGAGGCAAGCACAGAAGCAGGGCGGGCAGAGCUGCUGGAGCGAGUGCUUCGAGACCUGGAGGUGCGGAAUGCCGUGUUGGUGAGCCCCUCUCUGAGUGGCCGUUAUGCCCUGCCCUUUUUGAUCCAAGGCCACCACCAGCUGCGUGGAUUCGUGCCCAUCGCACCCGCCUCCACCCAGAACUACACCCAGGAACAAUUCUGGGCCGUGAAGACCCCGACUCUCAUCCUGUAUGGGGAGCUGGACCGCAUCCUGGCUCGGGAGUCACUGCGGCAGCUCCGUCACCUGCCCAACCACUCCGUGGUGAAGCUGCGUGAUGCAGGCCACGCCUGCUACCUCCACAAGCCUCAAGACUUCCACCUUGUCCUCCUUGCCUUCCUUGACCACCUGCCUUGAGGUCACCCACCAGCCAGGCCCGAGGCCUGGCCUGAGCUUGGAGAGUCUGGACCAGCACCUCACCAGGGAGGCAGCCCCUGGGAUUGGAGGGUGGAGGUCAGAGGGCCAGACCCAGUUAGGACCUCUCAUUUCAUCUCACAGGCACAAUAAAAAAGAGCAUUUUUGUCAUG